UGAAAUUACGUCACGCACAGCUGGCGCUCUGCGCAUGCGCGGGCAUUAAUCCCCGAGGCGUUCCGUGUGUUGCUGUAGUUACCGAGAAUCAGAUAUUUAGGGGGGUUACCUGAUGCUACACUAAAAUGGCCGGGAUAAAAGCUCUCAUCAGCCUAUCCUUUGGCGGAGCCGUUGGCCUCAUGUUCCUCAUGCUGGGCUGUGCGCUUCCAGUGUACGAUGAGUACUGGCCCCUGUUCGUCCUCUUCUUCUACGUGCUUUCUCCCAUCCCGUACUGCGUGUCGCGGAGAGUCACCGACGACACGGACGCCACCAGCAACGCCUGCAAGGAGCUGGCUGUGUUCCUCACCACGGGCAUCGUGGUGUCCGCCUUCGGCCUGCCCAUUAUUUUCGCCCGCGUUCACGUGAUCGCUUGGGGAGCGUGUGCGCUCGUACUAACUGGUAACAUCGUCAUCUUCGCCACCAUUCUGGGAUUCUUCCUCGUCUUUGGCUCCAAUGAUGACUUUAGUUGGCAACAGUGGUAAAAAUCCUUUCUGGGUGGACUUGCUUUAAUUUUUAAUUCUAGUCCCUGGUUUUAUUUAAAUGAACUGCCAUCUGUUGAGUUGAGAUCGUUGAGACGUGUGCAGUAACCAGUGAUCUGGUUUCAUAUGGACUCGAUAAGUUUAUUAUUAUUUUUUUCUUGUAAGCUGAAACAUCCCUCGAAUAAUUAGAGAAAAAGCUUCUGAGGGAGCGAAAUGGGUCCUUAAAUCUGAUCCCUGUAAUUACACAAACUAAGCUGCGUUCCAUAUCUCUUCCUGGCCUCUCUCUAACCAAAUUUUAGGUGAAGAGCUUAUUCAUGUAAAUAUUUACCUUCUGAGGAUAGAGGUCCCUUAAAAUGCCUGUGAAUGCUGUUUUACUUUAUACAGAUUGUCUGUGAGUUAAUGGGGAUUACAGGGCAGUUGUUUUAGAAAUGAAAUGUAUACGUAUCAGUGAGUGAUGCACUGAAACUCAGUAUGCAUACCUGAAGAUAUGUGAUCUGUCACCCGCCUGUGUUCAACCGUACACAUCCUCUGCAUCUCCACUCUGAUGCACCAUGAUUAUACGCUCCUGUAGUGAUGGUCUUCGGCACUGGUGACCCAAAGGGGACGCUGCUUGCGUCGCGUUCGUACUACAUUUGAAGAGUUAGGCCUAAAAGAGAAUUGAAAUCGACCUUGGCUUAUAUUGCAGCGCGAACAGACGCAAAGGCGCAAGUUUGGACAAACCUUAUUCUUCAUUAGGUGGGUGAAGAGCUUUACUGCUGCUUUAAGUGCUGUGCACGUCCCCCUUUCCAUUCGGAAAUGUUCAUUCAGAGACAUUUCACUAUAAACACUUAGCUUUGAAUGUAAGUUAGCGAUUAGUGACAGCAGUUUGGAACAUGACGCUUUCCGAGACUCGGCGUGUACUACACUGGCUUACGAGAUGAAGUUGGACUAAAUUCUGAAACAAUAUCAUCCCAGCACGAUCUAAGCAGAUCACCAUACGCGUAGAUGUUUAGCAAGGUAUCGUUACAGUGGUUUUCCUAAAUCCAUUAUCCGCCACAGAUUCCAUUGUUUGUUAAUAAGCUGACAGAAUCAUCUUCAGUCUCACCACUAAAGAGGAAGUUUUCAUUUAAUCUCAUUAUAAGAUGACUAUCCCUAUAGAUAACCCAGCUUUAGACAUGGUUAAAAUAUAACUACACUGACAUAAAAGUUACCAAAAGUCACUUGCAUAAUUUCUGAAACUCUAAGAAAACAGUAGUUUCCAUGUGUCACUAUUGUUUGGUUAGUGUUUUCUGAUUGGUUGGAUCUCUUUAUGAGCUGCCUUUGCUCAUGUAUGACAAUCUAUCCCGCUGCAUCAUGGCGUAUUUUAAUCUCCCUCAUUCCAGCGUUCACUACAGCACGGUUUUCUGGUACAGUUUAUUCAUGUGAUGCUUCCAAAAUUUCACGUUAUUAUGGUCCAGAGCGUGCUGACCGGAGGAGUCUGUUCUGUAAUGUGGAUUUAUGCUUCCUGGUUUGAGUUUCGCCAUGAUCCUCAUAAUUACUAGCUGUUCUGCAAUGUUAAAUCUGCUAUCUACUGAUAAGUGUUAGGUUUGUUCUUCAAUUGUGCAAAUAAGUGUGUGUGGUUUUUUUAUUUAUCACGGUAUUUCAGCUGGUUAAAAGAAGGGACAAUAGUCAUUGAAUUAUUUGCAUUAUUUAUAUAAGCUAUUGUUUUGCACUUUUUUAGUUUUUGUUUAUUUUGGAUUACAUGGUCUGCAUAUGUAUCCCAUGAUGCAACCCUUGAAAUAUGAACAUGUGUUUAAACCAGUUGCAUCUUGAUGUUAUCAGACAUGUAAUCAGAUUAUUCUGAUGCAAGUGUCUUGUUUGAUAACUGAAGUAAAAUCAAGUCCAUUCAACAGUAAUCUUCUUGUAUAUACAAUAUAAGACCAUCUGAAUGCUGCACAGUUGAUCCAAAAUGCCUCACUGUGAAUAUAUGUUUAGCACAUGGUUUUGCAAGAUGGUCGGUCUGUGUGUAGAGCAGGCUGAGGAUGAUCCUGUCUUCAUUUUGUGUUAAACCUGUAUCUCUGUAUUCUUUAAUGUAUGCUGGAAAUAAGUGAAGGGCGUAAUGAAAGGGAAAUCGUGCAGGUUUGUUACAGCUGAUGAAGUCGAUAUGCAUAUAAAACUUUACUUUUUUUUGGGUUGUUUUUUAUGUUACUUUAUACUUUUUGUCAGUUUCUUAAUUUUGAAGCAAUUAUGUAAUUUUUGUUUAUUUAUGAGGAUGUAUAUGUAAAAUGCCCUGACCGCUGUUGUGUUGAAUUGGGAAUAUUUUGAGGGGAAAUAAACCUUUUUUUGGUUACCUUUA